AAGCAGGGACAAUUUAGGAAGGCCUGGCUAAUGCUCCUCCAGCUCAGAAGGCCUUAUUAGACGGGCAUAAAUCUAAUCUUAGAAUCAAGAAAUCAUCGUCAGGAGCAAGAGGAGGAGGAGCCCAGAAAAGGGAGGAGGAGUUCUAUGACAGGAGGAGAGGCGUGAAGAAAGCGUAUGGCUUGAUGUCGAAGAGUCUUGAAUUGGAGAAACCUAAUCAAGCCACGCCGUAGUGUGAAAUGAAUAGACCAUGUAUUUCGCUUGCGGUGAAUGGCAGAAGGAAGUCAUUUUGCUGCUCGCAAGCUGAGUUGGCUGACUUCUUUUGUUGCACCGGCGUCAAGGUUGUGGCUGUUGACAUGCCGCCCUUUAUGCAGAUUCAUGCUGUCGAUUGUGCCAGAAAAACUCGUGAUAGCUUGGAAAAAUUCACUUCCAAGACUCUUGCUUUUACCCUCAAAAAGGGACAAUUUAGGACCUGAGAGUAGCAUUCACGCUACUCUCCUCACUACCCCAGCUAGUCCGCUCCCACUACCACUACUCCCCUUCUUCCUCCACCCCCUCUUCCUACACAGAGUGGAGAUCCGCCAGAGCCACCUACUACGCCGUCGCGGAACUGGGAGACCAGGUUGGUGGGGCUUGUGGUUAUGGGGACCUGGAGAAAAUGGGAUACGGGAAAGCCACAGCUGCACGCAGUAUAGUCCUGUUUGAAAAGGGUCAGAUCUAUGGAGCUUGCUUUCAAGUUAGGUGUGUUGAGGACCUGAGAUGGUGUAUUCCUAGGACUUCCAUUAUUGUUACUGCGAUUAACUUUUGUGCUCCGAAUUAUGGGUUUGAAGUUGAUGGUGGAGGACAUUGUAAUUUCCCUAAAUUGACCCUGCUUUUUGUAUUGGAAAUUGUGCAAACGGACGCACCCAUGAAGUUAACGGCUAAA